AUGGAAUCUAAUAGAGGUGGUGCUGAUUUGCAUUCGGCAAAGCGCUUUCGCGAGGCUCAACAGGAGUAUAACAAAGCUUUGAUCAGUGAAGAUUUGUACCGGAGACAAAUAGCUAAGAUGCACUGGCUAAAAGACGGGGACUUGAAUACGAAAUUCUUCCAUCUUUCGGCGACUGUUAGAAAGAGUUUUAAAAAAAUAGUGAGUUUGAAUCAUGAAGAUGGUAGUAUGGUAACUGACCCUAGCAACAGUGAGUUUGGCCAAGUGUUAUGUGGUAUUCAGCAGUGUGUUUCUUUGGAAAAUAACAUUAAUCUGACUUCACCCCUUACUAAGAAUGAGUUAUAUGCGGCUUUGGUUGAGAUGCACCCGGACAAAUCUCCUGGGCCUGAUGGUUUCAAUCCCGGUUUCUAUCAACAUUUUUGGGAGGUUUGUGGAAAUGAUAUUUUUGAGGCAACUUCGUCGUGGCUUCAGCGUGGCUAUUUUCCUGAAGCCAUAAAUGAUACCAAUAUCUGUUUGAUCCCUAAGUGUACUCACCCGAACAGAAUGCAGGACUUUCGACCAAUAUCGCUGUGUAAUGUCAUUUAUAAGAUUAUUGCUAAAGCAUUAGCGAAUAGGUUAAAGCCGUUACUAGAUAAUUGUAUCUCGGAGGAGCAAUCUGCAUUUGUGGAAGGUCGGUCUAUUUUACAUAAUGCCAUGAUAGCAUCUGAAAUCAUUCAUUCCCUUAAGAGAAAGACUCAAGGCAGGAGAGCUCAGUUAGCGCUUAAGAUUGAUAUCAGUAAGGCUUUUGAUAGAGUAGAUUGGGGCUUCUUAAGAAGUAUGAUGUUGAAGAUGGGUUUCUCGGAGAAGGCCGAAGUGGAGGAAGUUUCUCAUCUUAUGAGAAUUCUGGAUAUCUAUGCAAAAGCCUCCGGACAGGAAAUCAAUCUAUCCAAAUCCGAGGUCUUUUUCAGUCGGAAUCUGAGUUUACCGGCCCAAGAGGAUCUUGCAAAUAUCAUGGGUGUCCGUCAUGUCUUAGGGACAGGCAAGUACUUAGAGUUGCCCUCGAUGAUAGGGAGGAGUAAGAAGUCUACUUUUGCUUUCAUCAAAGACCGUAUUUGGCAACGUAUUAACUCUUGGAAAGGUCUGUCCUUGUCAAAAGCUGGUAAAGAAGUCAUGAUUAAAUCAGUUCUCCAAGCUAUCCCGACUUAUGUGAUGAGUAUUUUUAUUUUGCCUGAAGUAGUGAUUAAUGAUAUUGAGAGAAUGUUGAACGCCUUUUGGUGGGGUGGAGGUUCAAAUAGUAAGGGUAUUCGUUGGAUGGCGUGGGAUCGUUUAGCUUGUUCUAAGAAGGAUGGAGGUCUUGGAUUCAGAGAUUUUAGAGCUUUUAAUAUGGCUAUGGGGGCUAAGCAAGGAUGGUUUAUUAUGAGUCACCCGCAAGCUUUAGUGUCCAGAUUCUUCAAAGCAAGGUACUUCCCAAAUACAUCUUUCUUUGAAGCUAACCUUGGUUCUAAUCCUAGUUUUGUUUGGAUAAGUAUUUGGAAAGCUAGAGAUGUUCUUAUGCUCGGUUGUAGGUGGAGUAUAGGUGAUGGAAGCCAGAUUAAGGUUAUGCAGGAACCUUGGAUUCGAGGAAAAGAUUAUAGGUGUGUUCCGGGAUCUAAACAACAAGGUAUCUAUAAUUUGGUUGUUCAAGAUUUGUUGUUGCCAAAUGUCAAACAGUGGAAUAUGAGGUUGAUUAGAGAGUUGUUUGAUUUUUCAGGAGCGGAAGCUAUUACUUAUGUCCCGUUAGUGGAGGACAUUGUUGUUGACCGUUUGGUGUGGAGGGAAGAGAAAGAUGGGCAAUAUAGUGUUCGUUCUGGUUAUCAUCUUUGGAAAAGUAGAAAGAAGCCUCCUAGUCAGGAGAAUAUUGAGCUUAAUUGGAAUGGUUUGUGGUCUAUCAUUGCUCCCCCACGUGCGAAACACCUUCUAUGGCGGAUUUGUUCGGGUUGUUUGCCUUCCCGGGUCCGUCUACGACAACACCAUGUUCCUUGUCCUAUUAUGUCUCAAUUUUGCUGGGAGGAGGAGGAGGAUGAUUGGCACGUGUUUUUUGGAUGUCUUGAGACUAUCAAGUGUUGGAGAACAGCAGGUUUGUAUGACAUUAUAGCACCCUUCCUUCAUCAUUGUAAUGACAUUCGAUCUCUUAUUUUGAACUUGUGUAAUAGGGAGGAAAGGAAGGUAGUGAGGCGCUUUGCUAUGAUGAUUGAGUUAUUGUGGCAUAACAGGAAUGACUUUAUUUGGAAUAAUGAGAAGGAGGAGGUGUCAAGGCUUGGUUGGUUAGCUUUUCACAAGUGGCAAGAGUGGUGGUUGGCUCAAAAUCCCCAGGAUGGAGAGCCGCCUCUUUAUUCUACUCUUUCUUGGAUUUCCCCCCUUCCGGGUGGUUUAAAUGUAACGUUGAUGCGGGUUUUAACCGUAAUCAAGGAACUACUAAUAGAGGUUGGUGUAUCCGAGAUAACUUGGGGAAUUUUGUUAAAGCAGGUGUUGCUUAGGAUGUUGGUUCAUUUUCUAUCCUUGAAGCGGAAGCGUUGGCAUUAA